UGAUGAUGGUGAUGAUGAUGAUGAUGAUGAUGAUCAAAACAAAUUUAGAUUAAAAAAAGAACAGGAUAGACUGGAAUGAGCAGCUUUUAUUUUGUAAAGACUGGAGAGCUCUUAUUGUGAAAACCUCCCCCUGGAUGCAGUCUGUGCCGAGAACGCCGAUGUUCUCCAGAUGUUCUCCAGAUGUUCUCCAGAUGUUCUCGUGUCUUCUGUCCUCAGACUGUCUCAUGUCUUCAGCGGAAAUGAGUGCUGCUGUCCCCAACCACCGGAGGACCAAGCCCGGAGGCAUCAAACCGGGCGCCGCCGGCCAGGGCGUGACCGGCCCCACGUCCCAGAUCCCCGGCCUGUCCCAGACCGCCUCGGACAGCGUCCCCGAGAGGACCAGCGGCCGGCGGGUCGGCAUCUUCGAGACGGACUCGGACUACGUCAAGCUGGCCAAGGGGGGGGGACACAAAGGACUCCUGAGCCAUGAUGUGGACGACGUGGACGACGUCCCUAAAAGAGCCUACCAGCCCAGCAACUGGUUUGGAGACGAAUCCAGGAGUGGGAGCAAGGCGGCGUCCCCGGACGGCCUGAAGACGGGCCGGCGUCCCCUGACGGCCCCGUUUGGCACCGAUAACGGCUCCCCCUGGGACAGGGACACCGAGAGACACUCUCCCGAUAAGGACAAGAUGUCCCCCGACAGUCCGUCCCCGCAGAUGGAGAAUCUGUCCCUCGCCGGCAAAUACAAGCGAACAUCCUAUGAUAAGAAGGCUCCGCCCGUCAGCAUGUCCAAGCUGCUGAGCCACGGCUACAUGGAGGACAAGAAGACGUCUCCCAACGAGGACGACACGUCCAGCGUCACCUCGGAACAGACCAGCACCGUGGCCACGGAGGACGUGGACGACCUGGAGUAGUGGACGGGGGACGGGGGGACAGGGGACGGGGGACGGCCCACCUCCGCCCGCUCAUGGAUUCACCAUGUCCGUUGUUCGUCCACUGACUGUUGGGUUCCGUACUCAUGUUUCUGCGGCGGUACCGUCUGUUUGUUUUAAGUUCUAGAGCAGUGAUCCGUAGACCUGUCUGUGACCUUUGACCUCUGUUUCUGAGUUGUGAGCGGGGCUGGAGACCACCCGGCCCGGUCCGGCCCUCGGUCCUGAUCCGAGCCGUCCUGGCUGCCGCUGGCUGUCCUCCCUGGUUUAGUGAAGACCCGGUCCAGGAGGCUCUGUAGUGGUCCUGCUGCAGAACGGGGGGCCAGGGAUGUGGGUCUGGGUUUGGAACCAGGACUCCUGGAGCUUUGGUUCUGGGUUCCUGGAUCUUUGGUUCUGGGUUCUGGAGCUUUGGUUCUGGACUCCUGGAUCUUUGGUCCAGGGACCAGGACCCCUCCCUCCUGGGGGGCCCUGAAGCCCUGGUCUGAAGGUCUUGUCCCUGGUCCCUUGUCCCUGGUCUUUCUGUGGAGCAGAGGAACCUGCAGCAGCUUCUCGUUCUGGUUCUUGAGUCCCUCCUGGACCAGGGAACCAGGGAACCAGGAACCAGGAUCAGUCCCUCCCUCCUCUGCUGGUCCAGCAGGGCCGCAUCAGGCUGGAGCUUCAAUAUGAUUGGUUCUUAGAAACGCUUCCUUCCUUCCUGUCAGACUGGUAGUUUCAGCCCCGCCCCUCAGGGUUCUGGUCCAGAUCCUGCGGGACCGGUAGUCCUCGUCAGUCCAGCAGGUCCAUCAGUCCCAGCGGCGUCUCUCUAACUCCACACCAGCUUCCUGCUUCCUGUCUGCGGCGCUGAGAGCAGUCAGUCGGUUUGGUUUUCUACUCCUGCUAAACACCAACCUCUUCCUGUUUCCUGUCCGUCGGUGUUUUCACACCACUCAACAGGAAGUGGAACUUCUGCACGGUUCUCACUCCGCUCGUGUCCCUCGUCUCGCUUUGUUUCCGCAAAUGACGUGGCUUUAGCCUAACGGCUAACGUGGCUUUAGCCGAACGGCUAACGUGGCUUUAGCCGUACGGCUAACGUGGCUUUAGCCUUAUGGCUAACGUGGCUUUAGCCUUAUGGCUAACGUGGCUUUAGCCUAACAGCUAACGUGGCUUUAGCCUUAUGGCUAACGUGGCUUUAGCCUUAUGGCUAACGUGGCUUUAGCCUAACAGCUAACGUGGCUUCAGCCGUACGGCUAACGUGGCUUUAGCCGUACGACUAACGUGGCUUCAGCCGUACGACUAACGUGGCUUUAGCCGUACGGCUAACGUGGCUUUAGCCGUACGGCUAACGUGGCUUCAGCCGUACGGCUAACGUGGCUUCAGCCGUACGGCUAACGUGGCUUUAGCCGAACGGCUAACGUGGCUUUAGCCGUACGGCUAACGUGGCUUUAGCCGAACGGCUAACGUGACUUUAGCCGAUCGGCUGACAUACCAGAGGAGGGUGAAGACGGCAGCUGCCAGAACCUCAGUCCAGUGCCCGGCGCGGUGCAGGACAUCCGGCGCCAGGCGGCGGCGUGGGACCCGUCCUCCGGCGCCAGGCGGCGGCGGCGGCGGUGCGGGACUGGUCAUGUUGCUCGCUGCUCUCAGACUCCGUGGUUCUAAUGGUUCUAAUAAACGGCAUGUGCAUGUA